GCGAAAACAGCUGUCGUAUCAACUUAACAGCUGUUCCCGUCAACACGUGUGGAAACGAAAGUUAAUAAGAAAAUCCAAGGAAAUAAGCUGAAUUAUGAACAAUAAUCUAUUCGACGGCUCGGAUGAUGAGGGCAACGAUCUGCAGCUAACUACCAACGAGGACUAUGCCAAGACCUACAAUCACUUGCGCAAAAAGGAGCUGCUCCAAAAAUAUAAGGAUCGCGGCUUGGACGUUUCGGAAUCCGAAUUCGAUAGCGACAGCGAGUCAUCCGAGGAGGAUGAAGUGGACCCCAAGUUCGACCAGGACUUCUUCAAGACGCUUUCCUCGCUAAAGAGCAAAGACCCGCGAAUAUACGACAAGGAAACGCGAUUCUUCAACGAGUCCUCCAGCGAUGAGAACGACAAAGAGGGGGAGUCUUCUCCCAAAAAGAAGAAGAAAUCAAAGCCAGUGACCCUAAAGGAUUACGAGAGGAAAGUGAUACUUGAGCACAAUGGCAAGUUUGAAAGUUCGGAUGACGAGCAGCAGGAGAAGGAGGAGGAGGAAUAUCAGCGUGCACAGUCUCCCACCGCUGUUGAGGAGGAGCGCCGUCUGAAGGAUGAGUUCCGGAAUGUGAUGAACCAAGAGGACGAUGGCGAGGACGAGGAGUUCGGCGGCAUAUUCAAGAAACGAAGCAAGACCAAGGAGCAAACGGAGGCCGAGGAGGCAGACUUUGCCAAGUGGCUAGCUGGCCAACAAGAGAACAUUGAAGAAAAAGACAAAGAGCAGCUGGAACCUCUGAAGCAGUACUGGGCCAGCAGCAAGCUGACGCAGGGCGAGAGCUUCCUCAGAGACUACAUCCUCAACAAGGGCUAUUCUAAAACAGAUGAGUCCGCCAUUCCCACCUACGAUGAGAUUGUCGGCGAAACCGCUCCCUUGUCCGAGGAUGAACAGGAGCUAGAGAAGCAGGCGGAGUUCGAGCACAAGUACAACUUCCGUUUUGAGGAACCCGAUGCGGAGUUCAUCAAGCGCUAUCCCCGCACCGUGGAGCAGUCCAUUCGACGGACGGACGACAAGAGAAAGGAGAAACGCAAGGAGUUGAAGGAGCGCAAGGAACAGGAGAAGCAGCAGAAGAUGAAGGAACUCGACUUGAUCAAGGAUAUGAAGCGCAAAGAGAUCGAGGAAAAGAUACGUAAACUGAAAGCGGUCACCGGCAACGAUGAGCUCGGUUUCCGUGACGACGAACUGGAAGAAGACUUCGAUCCGGAUGCUCACGAUCGACGCAUGCAGGAGCUCUUCGACGACGAGUACUAUAAGGUGGACGAGGGCGAGGAAAAGCCAGAGUGCCCCUCGGAUAUCGACGAGUUGGUGCUAGAGGACUGGGAUAACUACGAUCCCAGGGAGCAUAAGGACGGUGGUGAUGAAGAUUAUGAAGGGCACUGCGAGGACGAUGACUUCAACAUGGACUGUGACUACGAUCCGUCUACUGCCAAGCAGCAACUCCAGCAAGAGCUAAUCGAGAGCACGCGCGGUCGCAAGGGUCGCAAGGGCAGGCGGAAUCGCUUCAUGGAAAUGAUCCAGGCCGAGAAGCCGGCAUUCAAUCCAGAGGAUGAGAAAACCUAUGGCGAGUAUAUAGACGAAUAUUAUCAACUGGAUUGCGAGGACAUCAUCGGAGAUCUGCCGUGUCGUUUCAAAUAUGUGGAGACUACACCCAAUGAUUUUGGCCUGACGAUAGAGGAGAUCGUGCUGGCCAGGAACAAGGAGCUUAAUCAGUGGGCCAGCCUCAAGAAGGCUGUCCAAACACGACCAGAGCAUGUAGAAAAGAAAGAGCAGCGUCUGUACAAGAUGAAGGCCAAGAAUGAGGACCUCAAGCGAAAGAUUUUCAAGAGUCUUUACGGCGAUGGUUCUGACGAUGAGGAUCAGCCAACAGAAGAGACUUCAAGUGCUCAACCAACUGCCGAAACGUCUGCUCCAGCUGAAUCGUCUCAGAUCCCUACGGAAGGUUUAUCUAAAUCGAAAAGGAAGCGCUUGAAACGUAAAGCUGCUGCAGCAGCAGCUGCAGCUACUCCUGCACAGAACCUCCAAGAGCAGUCCAAGGAGUCACAGCAGCCUAAGCAGGCUAAAGACAGCCAAGCGAAGGACGAAUCUUCUGCUCCAAAAAAGAGCAAACAAGAUCAAAGUACCAAUGCAAAUGCUCCUGCACAGCAAACGCAAAAUAAACCUGAUAAGAACAAGGUAAACAAACAGAAAAAAGCAAAUAAAACGACAGCAAAUGGAACGGAAGAACCAGCGCAAAAUACAUCUGAAAAGGCAACUGAAAACGCUCUGCAAAAAUCCGAAAAACCAAAUGGAAAUAAUCCAUUUAACAAGCAACAAAAUAGAGCCAACUCGAAGCCAGGGCAAUCACCGGUGAAAAACAAACAAGGAAACUCUAAGCAAGGGGCCAAUCCUUUCAAGAAAUCGGACCACAAGGCAAGCGCACCCUUUCCGGCAAAGAAAAACAAUAACUUCAAGGCGAAAAAUAAAAUGAACAAGAACUCCAGUGGCAUAACAGACGAUCGAUUAAAGGCAUACGGCAUAAAUCCCAGAAAGUUCCACAAGAAGGAAAAGUACGGGAAGAAGGACAACUAAAAGGGACUCCUUAAUCUUAAAUUUAAUAGUAGUUUUAUAUAUAUUUUUGGUUACACCUUAU